UUGGAUAUUAAAGGAAAAAAAAAUCUUCACCAAAGUUCAAUUUUCCUCUUUUUUUUAAUUUUUAUUAUUAUUAUUUGUAAUUAUGUAUAUUGAAAACUGGGACGAAUUCGAAAAAGCAGCCGAGGAAUUAUAUAUUGCUAAUCCUGAAAGAACGCGUUAUGUUCAUUCAUUUCGUCGUAAGGAUGGAGAUCUUGUUUUAAAAGUUACAGAUGAUUUAAACUGCGUUCAGUACAAGACUAAUCAGAUGGCAGAUUUAAAGAAAUUUAUAAGUUUGAAUAAUACAUUAAUGUUAAAAAUGAUGAAAAAAGAAAUUGAUACAAUGAUACCCGAUGCCCCUCCAGCUACAGCAGAAAAUAAAACUGCUUCACCCAAACAAACACCGAAGGGAAAGAAAGGAAGGAAGAGAAAAUAAAUAUAGAAUGUAAAAAUAAAUUAUUGUGUUUAUAAUAAAAGCACCACAUUGCUUUCCCCCCCCUCCCCUUUUUUUCUUUUAGUAGUUUAAAAGACAUAUUGUGUAAUAUACAAAUAUGAAUAACACAUAAUAUA